CCUCACACAAAAACGCCAAACAUUUUAAAGCCCCCGCCUCCUUCCCCGCGGAACCAAUUCAUCCCCCCUCUUCUGUCCAGUCCAUUCCCCCAUUCUCUUCUCUUCACGAUUCCGCGGGCGCGGAAGCCCGAAGCGGCGGAGAGAUGUGGGUGUUCUACAUGAUAUCGCUGCCGCUGACGGUGGGGAUGGUGGCGGCGACGCUGCGCUACUUCGCGGGCCCCGCCGUGCCGGCCCACGUCCUCGCCGUCGUCGGCUACGCAUGGCUCUCCUCCCUCUCCUUCGUUGUCCUCGUCCCUACUGACAUCUGGACGGCAAUUUCUGGCAACGGCAAUCAGAAGAGUGACGUCGGGUUCUUUUGGAGCUGGUCGUAUUGGAGCACGUUUAUCCUAGCAUGGUCUAUAGUUCCCACUCUUCAGGGGUAUGAAGAUUCUGGAGAAUUCACGUUCAGAGAAAGACUGAAAACUAGCAUUCACAAGAACAUGACCUAUUAUGCAACUGUUGGAGCUAUCGGCCUUUUUGGAAUCAUUCUAAUUAUAAUAAUGCGCCAUGAUUGGGUCCGUGGUAUCUUGGGCUUUUCCAUGGCAUGCUCAAAUACCUUUGGCUUAGUGACAGGUGCCUUUCUGCUUGGGUUUGGAUUGAGCGAAAUUCCAAGGAAUGUAUGGCGAAGUGCUGAUUGGACUCAUCGCCUACAAUUUUUGUCUCACAGAGUUUCGAAGAUGGCUACAAAGCUUGAUCAUGCUCACCAAGAAUAUUGCAAUGCAAUAUUUGUUGUCCAAGCCACCUCGAAUCAAAUGUCCAAGCGUGACCCAUUAAGACCUUGCAUGGAUAUGAUCAAUAAUACGCUGACUCAAAUGCUGCAAGAUGAUCCAUUAUUCAAGCCUUCUGGUGGGAAAUUAGGGGAACACGAUAUGGACUAUGAUAGUGAUAAUAAAACAAUGGCUACACUCCGACGUCAACUUAGAAAAGCUCACGAAGAGUAUUAUAGACGUAAAAGCGAUUAUAUGACUUGUGUUGUGGAAGCCCUUGAACUAGAAGAUACUAUUAGAAACUAUGAGCAACGUGAUGCUAGCGGAUGGAAAUAUCUGUCAAGUUUCAGGGAAAGUCGAUCAGGCACACUGGGUUCUUUUCUUGACUCUAUAGAGUUCAUUUGGCGCUGUUUACUGAGAAAGCAAUUUAUGAGAGUACUUGCUGUUAUCCUUGGAUGUGUCUCGGCUUCCAUACUGUUGGCUGAGGCCACUUUGCUGCCAAGUGAUGUUGAUCUGUCACUUUUCUCCAAUCUUAUAAAUGCAGGAAAGCAAGAAGUUUUAGUCCAGGUUGCUGCGUUUGUUCCCUUGAUGUAUAUGUGCAUCUGCACAUACUAUUCACUGAUUAGGAUAGGGAUGAUGCUGUUAUAUUCGUUGACCCCAGGACAAACUAGUUCAGUCAGCUUGCUUAUGAUCUGCUCAAUGGUUGCAAGAUAUGCACCACCUAUUUCUUACAACUUCCUGAAUCUCAUUCACCUUGGUGGUAAUGCUAAAACUACUUUUGAAAAGAGAAUGGGAAACAUUGAUGACGUCGUGCCUUUCUUCGGGAGAACCUUCAACAAAAUCUACCCACUCAUUAUGGUUGUUUAUACCCUAUUGGUCGCUGUAAAUUUUUUCGAGCAUCUGAUAGACUUUUUUGGGAGCUUGAAAAGGUUCAAGUGCUGGACUGACCAAGAAGGAGAUAUGGAUGGGUUGGAUCCGUCUGGAGUAUUCAUUCUUCAGAAAGAGAGAAGCUCCAUGGAACAAGGACGCAAAGUCAGUGAGCAUGCAGCUCCACUAGCAAGAAACUUCAGCUGUUUAGGCGAAGACGUCGAAUCUGGAAACAUACCACAGGGUGACGGUACAGUGGAGACGGAGCCGGAACGAACCGCCGCCCAGCCGAAACACGGUGGCGAUGUCGCUCAGAGUCAGAGAUAUUCUCCGGCGAGGGAACAGUGCAGCAGUCCGAAACCAGUGGAGGUUCAGAAGGGGAUCUCAUCGACCUCCAAAUCCAAUGAGCCGCCUUGUGUGAGUGCGGCGGCAGAUUCACCAGCUGAGACGGCCUCAAGGUGGGCCUCAAUGAAGACGGGUUUCCAGAACCUCAGAGCGACCAUGGGCGGCUCCAGGAAGUUCCUCCUAUUGGGCCUGUCUCCUAGGGCCGGGACGAACGAAUCCGCUACGGAAUCACUCGACGAGAUCUUCCGGAAACUUAAGCGGCAUUCGAGCAACGCGGAUGCGAAUCGACUAGACGACGACGACGGAUUACCUUUUUGACCAACGGUAGGGGCAGGGGCAGCAACACAGACGAGCGCAACACUGUUGAGACCGGCAAGGUCUCGUCCUUUCGCUUGGCGUAUCUCUCACGACUCAAGUCUCAAGGUAGCAAACAAGAAAGCUAAAGGCUGGGAAGGAGUAGAGGGUACACUGGAUGGCAGGGACUAGACCAAGGUACAGAACAUAAAGUUUUCUGUAUGUUCGAGGGUAGGCUAGACGUGCCACAAAUAGGACAAAACCCUAAAAAUGUACAGUACGUGCAAGCCCUAGUAUCAUCGGUGGGCUGCCAGAUGUGUUUGUGGUCAUCUGUCACGCUAUUAUCUGAUUGCUUACUUCUGAACA